GUCUCUUGGCAACCAACCGCUACUGGUACAGCAGCGAAGUCGCUGUCUGGCUGUGGGCCUUAGGCGCCAUGGAUUUGGUUAUCACGCAGGAACUGACCCGUGCCCAGAACCAACAAGAUGCAGCUGCCCUGCGACGAGCUUAUGAGCUGAUCAAGUCCGCAAACCUGGGAAAAUCGGAGUUCGACCCCUCAGAGAGCUUCAGCCCGGACCUGUUCGUGCUGUGUGCAGAGCAGGCACUCAAGAUGGGAGAGCCUGAGAUGAGCGAGGACUGCAUCCAGAUGUACUUCAAAGUGAAGGGGCCAGUAACUCAGUUUCUGGGUCGAGCACACCUGUGCAGGGCCCAGCUCUGUGCCCCACAGUCAGAGGAAAACCUGGAGGAAUUUGAGAACUGCGUGACUCAGUACAUGAAGGCUAUAAACUUCGCAAAAGGAGAACCGAGGUAUUACUUCUUGGUGUUCAAUGCUUCUGUUCUCUACUGGAACAUGGUGCGGCCAUUCCUCAAGCCUGGAUAUCACCAAUUUGUGAUCCCCAGCCUCUCUCAAAUCAUCGCCGUGUUAAACCAGACAGAAGAAGAGGACAAGGAGUGGCAGGCAGAGCUGAUGAUGGAGCUUCUUGAAUGCUACUUGCAAGCUGGAAAGAAUGAGGAUGCUGCCAAGUUCUGCUUGACGGCUGCACCAUUCAUCAAAACCCAUGUGCCACACAAGUACAGGCAAAUGUUCUCAGUCAUGGUGCGUCACGAGCUAAUGGAUGAUCGUCAGUUAAGGGAAGAGAAAAAGCAUUCCAUGAGCCUCUCCAUCACUUACCACAUCAAUUCACUAAAAGCGAAAUUGGAUAAACGUAAUUUGCCAGAAGACAUCGACCAGAUUCUGAGGAAGGCCUAUAAACACUUGAGUCACUACAAUCACCACCACUUCCCUUCCAUCAAAGAAGAAAAAAUACUUCUGCUUUUUGAACUGGCUCGCCUGUCUCUGACCUUGAAAAAUGAGCCAAUGGCCAAGGACUGCCUCUCAGAUCUGAAGAAAAUUGAAACCAAAGAUCCUGGCAAGCUGCUCGAAAUCGAAGGCCUGGAGUGUGAACUGGAAGCUCUGAGACUGGAGAGUAGAGUUAAAAUGUACUUUCGAGGAGCCGUUGAGGAGCUGCUGAAUAUCAUCAAGAGACUGGACAUCACGCUGCAGGGGGCCAUCCGUUUGGGUGACUCCAAGCUUAUCCAUGUGCUGUGUACCACACAGUGGAACACCUGCCUGCCCCUGCUGCAGCGCAACCUGAGGUUCUACCUCCGGAAGCCACUGACCACCAUCGCUGAGAUCCUGGAAAAGAUUGAUAGUCUCAUGAUCCUGAUGCGCUGCCAAGUCCACAUGGAGCUGGCAUAUAUCGACCAGGACGAGGACCGGCUGGAGCCCGCCAUUGAUCACCUGCAGAAGGCCAUGCGUCUGGACAGCCUGGGCCUCUAUGAGGAUAAAGUGAAGGUCGCUUACAAACGGCUACAGUUGUGUACCAUGCUGUACCAGUCCCCCGACCGUCCCGAGGACAAAGCCACCAUGGCCAUUGAACAGGCAAAGAAAGCCACCAUGAAAGACAGUGCCCGGAAGAAGCGUGCACUCCUGGUGAACGCAGGCCUGGCCCUCGCCCCUGACGCCUUCCAGAUUGUGCUGGACAGCGAGAAUGAGGCCAGAGUUUCCACAGGGAAAAACAGGGGUCGCUUCACCUACCUCUGCGCGAAAGCGCGACACCAUAUCCUCAGCGUGGACAAAGCUGCUGGGCACCUGAGGCGUCUGGGAAACGAGAAUGACAAAGAGAGAAUUGUGAUUUGGGCCGAGCUGGCUAAAGUGGCCUGGAAGCAAGACGUGUGCGAUGUGUGUCGCACAGCAGCCCGCUUCUGCCUUCUGUAUGACAAUGUCAAGUCAAGGAAGUCCACAAAGCUAAAACGAGGGAGGAAGAAAAAAGGCGUCGAGGGCUCCCAGCACGACUGGGAACAGUCUCAGGUGGUUCUGCACAGAAAUAUGUCUGCUGACCUGCUGAGGAAGAUCGCGGAGGUGGCCUUCCUCAGUGCUGAGGCCACGGUCCACUUGCUGCGCUUGGAAGGUGUGGAGCUGAAUGACCAGGCCAUCCCCCCUGAGGACUUGAGCCAACACCCAGCUGGCUAUGUGCCUGAACCACCAGAGAGCAAUCCCGAGUGGAUCACAUACAGAACCUGGAUAGAAAGCCUGUCGCAGUAUGCCAUGAACAACUGGCUGCGGGCUGCAGAGAUCGGGCAGGAGCUAGGGGAAGCCUGGAUCGUGCAGAAUGCCGUGAUCUAUGUUUUGAACCACAAUCGUCACCUCAUCGUGGCUGGGAGGCAGAAGGAGCUGGUGGAUUCCCUGUGUCACCUCCUGAACACCCUCAAGGCCACUGGCUACAAAGGGGAUUUAGUCAUGCUGGUCUCGCUGUGUGAUGCCCUUGCUCGAGGCCUGAUCAUCAGCUGGAUUCCCACCCAGACAUCUGAAAAGUCGAAAAAGAAUGUGCGCCCUAACUUGGUUCAUGUUCCAGCGGAGUUUUCUGCCUCCUCUGAGAUCAGAGCAGCUUUGGAGGUCUGUGAGUUUGCGCUGCACCUCACUAAUGGGAAUGUGCCGGAUGACAUCGUCCCCACCAGCGUGCGGCAGCAUCUCAUCUCGACCUGGGUGAAGGCCAAGCAGCUACUGCAGCAGCAGAUUGGGCAGCGACUGGGCACUGAUGAGCAGGGUACCAAUGAGGAUAUCAACUCCAUAACCAGAGUCCUUGUUGCCCUUGAGAUGUAUUCGUGCAAUGGACUGGGUCUCAUGGACUUCACGGUUCCCCCGCUAGCUCAGGUGGUGAAAAUGGCUUCUGAGUGCAACUGGUCAGAGCCCCUCGUGGAGCUGCAGACCCUGACGCGCCUCACCCACUUCGCCUACGUGGCCCACGACCAUGAGAUCACCAUGGCAUGUUCUCACAAUGCCACCCAGAUGGGCCUCAAGCACCUGAGGUCAUUUAAUGCGACCGAUGCCAAGCUGGCCGCAGAGAUGUUGUGUACUGUGUCCUGCAUCUGGGGCCGCAGCAUCAUGGAAAACUUGAAGGGUAGGAAGCAGCUACGCCUAGCAGCCGCCAAGACGUUCGUAGAGAGUGCCAAGUAUGGGGGCCUGGCAGGCAACAGUUCCCUGGUGAUGAUGGCCGCCCGGCACUACUGGAACACAUGGCUCCCACUUCUGUCCUCACCGGGCAACAGGAAGAAGGCCAAAGGAUCCCUCCGGCGAAUCAUCAGCAUCAUCAACAAGACAGAGAGCAAGAAGCAGGACACAGAGAAAACACUGUUUCUGCACCAGUGGCCAACAGCUGACUUCCAGGGUGGAGGCACAGGACCCGAAGGCCCAUUCCUUCCAGGGUCUGAGGAUGACCUCACCCUCCGUGCAGUACUCUAUAGCCUGCUCUUCCAUAGCCACGCUGACCAGAAUGACUGGGAGAUGGGCCUUAAAGUGCUGGAUGAGGCCGUGCAAGUGCUGCCGAGGACAGCCCACCGCCUCUUGAUUUUCAAACAUAUGGUAAUUGUGAAGGCCAAACUUGGCCAGAACUAUAGCAUGGAAAUUCAGAAGUUCAAGGACGAGAGCGAAGACUACUUGGCACACAUGUGGUACCAACUGGCUCAGAACUCGAGGAACAUCUGUGGAGAGCUCACCUGUUAUCAAAAUGCUAUCCAGGCACUGCAGAAGCCAGAGAGCAACUGGCAGAAGGUAGAUUACAUCGUGGAGUUCAGUGAGUGGCUGUAUUACAAGCAGUUCCCUAUGAAAGAUGUGAUUGCCCACCUCGAGUGGGCCAUUGAGAUUCUGCUGUCCAUGAAACCCAUUGAAGCCUCCCCUGAGCCGGAGCCCAAGACAGAAGGGCAGGCCUCCCUUACCCUGUCUGCCACAGGGAGUGCAGUGUCCUCGAAUCUGGAGACAGUCUCCUUGGACCAGUUUCGAAGUGUGAGGCAGUUGGAGGCCCUAGCUCGUGUGCACAUCCUCCGGGCCUUGAUAGUGUCCCCAAGCUCCUCUUCCUAUGAAGACGACUGCUUCAUGGCCUACAGUUUCCUCAGGCGCAUCUGGCAGAUUUCCUUGAUAGCAGGCGAAAAACUAAUUUCAGAAAAAACUUCACAAGUAGCUAGUUCACAAUUGUUACCGCCAAAAAAGGAGAAGGAACGGGGGAAAGAGAAGGAGAAGGAGAAGGAAAAGGAAAAGGAAAAGGAGAAGGAGAAAGAGAAGGAGAAAGUCAAGGACAUGAAACAGAUCUCAACCCCAGUUCCCAUCAAGCCACCUGAUGAUACCCCCUCCAGCAUAGAAGAGUGGGCCUCCUACUCAUGCCCCGAGGAGCUGUUGUCUGUAUUCAGACAAGACAGGAGUGACUCCACUAUUAACCCCUCAAGUUUCCAGAAGCCGACGUACAGUUUGUACUACAUAGACCAUUUGGUCAAAGCCCUGCAGAAGAUGUACCUUCACGAGCUCAGCAUCCCGAUCCUGCAGCUGGCUGUGCUCAUUGCAGAUGUUGUGGUGGAGAGCAAGAGCCUCACGGACCUCUACCACCUGCGACUUUUACAGGUGUGCUCUGACCUGAGGUUGCACAACGCAGCAGCUUAUCAUGAAGAGGUGGUUGGACAGACAUACAUUGGGGACAUGGAGCAGGCCAGCUGCCGAAAAGAGAUUGCGUUUAAGAAAGAGAGGAACAAGGAGCCUGUGAUAGAAGAAAGCCAGCCAGCCCUUCAUGAGCAGCUGGCUCCAGCCCGCUCUGAGGAAAUGAAGCCACUAAUAGCUCAAGACAAGAUUUUGAAGAUAAAUGGAGAGACUGGCAAGGGCCUGGAUGGAACAUCCUACCCCCAGCUGUGGAUGCUCAAAGGGGAGGUUCUACUGGAGCUGGAUCUGUACCAACCAGCACGGCUGCUCUUGGCAGAGGCCCAGCAGACAUUCCAGGAACUAGGUGAUAACUGUUCAGAAGCACAGUGCAUGUUGCUUCUAGCACAGUUGGCCAAUAAAGAAAAGAACCACGGACAAGCUAUGCUCAUACUUGAGAGGGCCCAGCAGCUAGGUGGAGCUGAAGAGUUCUGGUACAAAUUAACCCUGACUCUGGCUGAGGCCAUCUUAUCCUCUGCAGAUGAUGAAAAAGAAAUCUCAGUUUGCAGACUAUUUCGGAAACUCAUAGAUACUCUCAAGGUCCUCCAGCAUGAACGGCCAAACCGAGUGGCCCUGCUAGAAUUCUUCAUCAUGGAGCUGGAGGCCAGGUGCGUGGAACUUCAAACUCAUCUUGCCUGCAACCUGGUGAACAAAGAACUGCUUGAGUACCCAUUUUUGCUGUUAGACCUAGAGAAGCAGCUGUUGGAAGUCCAAGAAAGCCUUACACUCAGUGGCUGCAGGAAAAAAUGUGUCGACUUAAAACUAGAGCAUGCAAGGAUAAAGAAGUUAUGUGCUGAAAGGGAGAAAAAUGAAGAACAAAAAACUGCCUAUCGCCUGGAAGUGUAUGACUUGUCCCGGAAGGCUAUAGCUGAGGAAGAAGAACAAUUUCACAGAGUCCAGGGGAUACUGUCACUUCACGAUUUACAGAACAUCAACUCCCCACUCAUGAGGAGACUGGCUCACCUCAAACUCCGCCUGGUAGAAACAUGCCUGGACAUGCAGCAGCUCAUCUGCAAGGAGGCCUUGGAGCUGCAGCUGGAGCAGGGCUCCUUUGAGAAGCUGCUUGCGGACUUCCUGCAUAACACCAGCGACUUCUCAUCCAUCGACUUGCAAUGGUUCAUACUGAAGCGGACCCUGCCUCACACAGUGCUGACACAGCUGGAGAGUCUGCAGCCGCUUUGCGUGGGCUGCAUGGACAUCCGUGCCCAGCUUCUGGUCCUGGCUGGGAAGGCCCUCCAUCUGCUUUCUGUGCAGACAGACCCGGUGUACCCUUCCUUCUGCUGGGAGGAAGACCUCCUGGUAGGCCCCAAGCAGAACAGCCUGCAGUCGCUGGAGCCGGAGACAGACACAGAGGACAGGAAUGUGGAGACCACCUCCAGGGACUCGACAACCUUGAAGGAAGCCCCCAAGGAACAAAACCAGAAGGCUGAGGGUCUGAAGAAGAGGGUGGCGCUGGCCCAGAGGUUCCUGGCUCAGACAUCGGAAGUACUGCUGCAGUGUUUGCAAGCCGCCCUGAGCAGCAACCUUCUGGACAUCGCAGCCACUGCCAGCUUAGAGAUGGUGGAGUGUAUUGGCACCCUGGAUCCCAUAACCACCUGCCAGUUCCUGUCACUGUCGCAGAGCUGUUCAACCUCAGAGAUGAUGCGGGAUGUCCUGCUCACGGCCACGGACAACACCAGCAGCUCCCAGCUGGCGGCCCUGCUGCAGCUCCACCAGCGGCUGAGGCAGCAGGACAGGACCUCCACCAGCCUGUUUGCCAGCGUGGAGCAGAGGCUGGCCUCCACUUCCAGGGCAUGGCAGAGUCUCUGUGUCACAGAUCAGCAUUUCACCUUCCUGAAUGAGAUCCCAUCCAUGUUCCGGAUCCUCUUUCUACAGCACUCACCAGACAGGUCCUGUCUGUAUGGUGCCGCCUUUGAGAGACCAAAGUCCAUGCCUGCACCCAAGGGGAAAACGGUCUCAGUGGGUGGUCACUGCAAGGUAAUGCGGGUGACUAUGAGUCAAACUAUGUUCUCAGAGCUGUUGACCAUGGUCCAGUGGAUGCAGAAGCAGACACAGGCCCAGAAAUUGGACACCUUGAAUGAUGAGGAGCAAGACCCAUGUGUGCAGAAGCUGAAUAACAUCCUGAAAUACAUGGAGGAAUAUAUGAAGCCCAUCGCCCCCCUGUUCACCUUCCCAGAUGCCAGAACACAGAUGACAAUGUCAAUGGCGGACGCAGGGAAACACAGAGCCAAAGAGAAAGAUAGGAAGCCCUCUCUCCCUUUAGGGCAGCCUUACCCCGAGUACAUGAUCCUGAUCGUAGACAAGCUCCUUCUAGAGCUGCCCCUCGAGGGGCUCUCCUUGCUCAGUGAGGUCACCUCCCUGUCAAGAGAGUUUUCUCUCCAGAUGCUAUGGAACCGUCUCCACAAGGAGGAGCUAGAAGGCAGUAUGAAGAAAGAGGUCAAAAACAAGGAGUUCAAGAAGAAAAGCCCAGGAAAGAAAGGCACGAAGAGCGCCAUAAUCCGGGUCAUCCCACCAGAGUGCAUCCUAAUCGACUCGGACACUAUCAAGUUUGUCGUGGACCCUUAUGAGAAGGCCCACGGCAAAGAGGUGCUGAGCCCCUUUUCCAUAACCCAGGACAUCCUGGAGAAGUUCCGAGAUACUUACACUGCACGUUGGACGGGGCAUCUGGGAAGCUUAAGCAUUCCAAGCCAGACUGACUGGGAGCAGGUACUGGACAGCUGCCGAGGCUUUUUCUUCUACGGGAUGGAGAGCAGCUUCCUGUCCCGCCUGGUAGUGGAAAGACUGGUAGCCAUGGAUCUGCAAGAUUGCCAGAUGAUGGUCCUACUGGACUUGACCAAGUCCUCUGAGAGCCGGAAGCGCAAGGCAGAGUCCUCAGAAAACAAGAGCACAUCACAACUGUCCUUGGAGAAGCCCAUCAAGACCGCCAUCCUUCUGAGCCUGGUAGGGGUUGAGAGCAUUGUGGCUAACCAAUGGCCCACGCUGCUGCAGGACAACGCACUGAGGGCCACCACCCUAUGGGAUAACCUGCUAGCAUUUGGCAAGCCACUUGGGAAAACAGUUCGUCUCAUUCAGAGGCUAGGCAAUGAAACCAUUAACCAAGAUGAGGUUCCCCAGGCCUCCAGUGAAGAGAUAUUCUCUGACCUGCAGGCUCAGCGCUUCGAGCCACGUCCCACCUCCCUUGGCUUAGUUCUGUACGGACUGCCUCACCAAGCCAUCGUGUGAGCUAAAUCCCGGAAUCUGUGGGGCCACUGUCCCUAGUUCUAACCCUCCGAGGAGCCUCCACACGCAGGACUUUUCCCUCACUUUCUGGGGUUCACGCCAGCACUGACACCGCCUGAUGUGUGUCCUUCUGUCCAUGAUACAUAUCCCGAGAAGACGGCUGUUGGUGGGUGUACCACCUACGCUCCUGCUUGUCCUCUAGCCCGCAAGUUUGUCUUCUGCUUCAGUGUUUUAGUAAACAGCUAAA